AUGAUACGUGCAAGUGGUGCAGCACCAAUCAUUGUACUUAGUCAAAAUACAACCAGAGAAAGUGGCCAUCAGGUGCAAGCUGGUAAUAUUGCUGCUGCCAAGACUAUUGCUGAUGUCAUUCGUACAAGUUUGGGACCACGUUCUAUGUUAAAAAUGCUGAUGGAUCCAAUGGGAGGUAUAGUUAUUACAAACGAUGGUAACGCAAUUUUACGCGAAAUUACGGUGAAACAUCCAGCGGCGAAAUCAAUUAUCGAAAUAGCUCGUACACAGGAUGAAGAAACUGGUGAUGGUACUACCUCGGUUAUAAUACUAGCUGGUGAAGUGAUGUCACAGGCACAACAGUUUUUAGAUCAGAACAUCCAUCCGACUAUUAUUAUUCAAGCUUAUCGGAUGGCUCUAGAAGAUAUGAUUGUUCUCGCUGAAGAAAAAUUCAGUAAGCAGAUUGAUGUAAACAACGAUGAGGAAGUCGGUUCUGUUAUUAAAUCAUGUUUGGGUACAAAAUUGUUGUCGAAAUGGAUGGAUUUGGCUGUCAAAAUGGCACUAAUUGCUGUUAAAACUAUUAGAAUUGUCGAACAAGGCCAUCAAGAAAUUGACAUCAAACGUUAUUGUCGUAUUGAAAAGAUACCUGGUGGACGAAUUGAAGAUUCGCAAGUGAUAAAAGGCGUGGUGUUGAAUAAAGAUGUGACGCAUGCGAAAAUGUUACGUCGGAAGGAAAAGCCACGUGUUGUACUUCUUGAUUGCAAUCUUGAAUAUAAAAAGGGCGAAAGUCAGAUGUCAUUGGAAAUCAUGAAAGAAGAAGAUUUCAGUAAAGUUUUGGAACAGGAAGAAGAUGCAAUCAAGAAAAUGUGUGACGAGAUAAUAGCCGUGAAACCGGAUGUUGUUUUCACCGAGAAAGGUGUUUCUGAUUUGGCGCAACAUUUUCUUUUGAAGGCGGGCGUAACGGUAAUUAGACGCUUGAAGAAAACUGAAAACAACAGAUUGGCUCGUGUUACCGGAGCCACGAUUGUUAAUGAUACGCAAGAUCUUCGUGAAGAAGAUGUUGGCACGAACGCUGAUUUAUUUGAAAUCAAGAAAAUUGCUGACGAGUAUUACACUUACGUUACUUCAGAAAAAGCCACUGCUGUAACCGUAGUUUUGCGAGGCCCAAGCAAGGAUAUCAUCAAUGAAAUAGAACGAAAUCUUCAAGAUGCAUUGAAUGUUGUACGUAAUGUCAUGGUGAAUCCACGUCUUGUUCCAGGUGGUGGCGCUAUAGAAAUGGCAUUAGCUCAGGCCUUAAAUGAGAAAAGCAAAUCAAUUGAGGGUGUGCGUCAAUGGCCGUAUAAGGCAGUCGCUCACGCUCUUGAAGUUAUUCCAAGAACAUUGGUACAAAAUUGUGGUGGUUCGACAAUUAGACAGUUAACAGCUUUGAGAGCUAAACAUGCUCAAGCUACCAACAAUUGGACCUGGGGGAUUGAUGGGUGCACCGGUCAAUUGGCUGAUAUGAACGAAUUAAAUAUUUGGGAUCCGUUAUCGGUCCGCCUGCAAGUUUUGAAAACAGCUAUUGAGACAGGCGUGUUGUUGCUGCGAAUUGAUGAUAUCGUUUCAGGAACAAAGAAACGUGAUGGUACUGGUUCAAGUGACGGAAAUCCCACUGCUGAUUCUUGA